AUGGAUGUGAAUGGAGAUCAUAAAGAAAAUAAGGAAACUGAGGUAAAGAAUCAUUUAACGGAACGAUGUUCUGACAGAAAAGUACAACGAUACAAUGAUGAAGUAAUCGCCGAUGAAGUUAGCGAUUUUGUUCGCGAAGUGGUCGAUGCUGUCGCCUACACCAUCGAUCGUCUGAAAACUUCGUCUAGACGUGGGAAACAUGCUCCUGAUGAGGUAAUUGAAAUAAGUGAUACAGACUCUAUUACUGGAAAUCCUCACAAAAAAAAGGUACAUGGACCUAUACGCCGAUAUCGAAAAUUAACAGUAAAGCAGUUGGCUGAACAAGAAAAAAGGAUGAGAGAACGAAGAAGAAUUGCUGCAAAGAAGAUGAAAAAUUGCGAAGCUGCUGUAGAAGGGAAAAAGCUGAAGAAAGAAGAAGCGCAAAAAGAAAGAGAGAGGCGAAAAAAAGAACGAGAAGAAUUGAGGGAAAAGAAGCGGAAGGAGAACCUGCAGAGGAAAGAGCGAAAGAAAAAAGAGGAAGAAGAAAAAAAACAGCGAAAAAGAGUGGAAGAGGAAGUCAGGAAACAAAAGAAGGAAAAAGAAGAACAAGAGCGUGAAAAAAAGCGAAGGUACGAAGAAGAAAGACGUGAAAUGAAGAGGAGAAAAGAGGAGGUGAUAGAACUUAAAAAGAAGCGCCAAUCAGAUCGUUUUCUCUCGUUCUUUGAUAAGAGGAGAGAGACAAGAAGAGAAUCUGAAGCAGUGCAAACGUCAUCGGUGCUUAAUGUCUUACCGUUUUUCUGCAAACAAGGAGUGUCACUUGCACCAAUAUUUCGACGCAAACCGUUAUCGAAAGAAGUUCAUGAUAGUUUGCUAUUGGAAGUGCAGCCAAUCUUGACGCUGACAUUGUUACUGAUUGAUCAAUUACAGGAAAGGCUAUAUUUGUCGACUGUUAAACCUCGUACAGUUGAGAAAAUAAAACUAAAUCGAGCCAAACUAUUUCAAUUUCAUGAUAACUGGAGGCCUCCUUAUUACGGAACAUGGAGGAAACGAAGCGCUGUUAUAACAGGCAGGAAACCUUUCGCCAAAGACAUAGAGAUAUUAGACUAUGAAGUGGAUUCAGACGAGGAGUGGGAAAUUCCAGAAGGUGAUGAUUGUGACGAAAGCACAAUGAGUGAAGAAGAGGAGGAUUCUGAUCAAUCGACCGGUAGUGACGGUUUUAUUGUGCAGCAUGGAUAUCUGUCAGAAGGUGAGGGUGAAGAUGAACAAGAUCGUCUGGAACGUCGUGAAGACUCUAAUAAACGUGCAGAACGUCUCAGAGCUGUGGCAAAUGAAUGGAAGCGUAGUCUUGAACAAAAAUCGAAGAAAUUUAACAAACCCUUAAUUCCAAUUUUAUGGGGUCCGCACUUUAAACUACCGACAAAACGUGUCCCUAGGGAUGUAGAGGAACCCGUGUUUUUCGAAUAUUCGGAUGACGAUGAUGAUAUUGAAGAUUAUUAUGAUAAUAACGAUGGUGAUGGCAGUGGCAGCAGUGAUAGUUGUCAUGAUGACAUCUCUAUGGAAAAUUAA